AUGGCCCACAAUGUCCGUACGAGCGCGGCUGAGCUAACAGAGGAAGAGAGCUGUCAGUGGGGGGAAAUACGACGGGUUAAAGAAGGGAAACAAACAGCCGCGGAUGUGCACCAGUCACCCUUCCCCUUCCCACCGGCAGGAAGUGGCUGUAACCGCGGAUACGCACACAUCGCACAGCGGGAGGGUCGACAGGAAGUGACCUCACUGCAACACCUGCGACGGGAAACGGGCCGACCCGACAGGAACAGUUCGAGCAUGAGCGCAGGCCUGGGUACAUAA